AAGAUAAAUACUUUUUUCUUAACAUUUCAUCAUGAUUUUCAAGAUAUUCCUUACUCUUCUCCUAUACUGGAUCUAUUUAGUUAGAGUAAGAUGUGAAAGGAAGCCAGUAGACUUUGAGAAUAAUGAUUAUUAUCAUUUUCAUUUCUCAGAAGAUGUUGAUAUUGAGGAGUUUUCGCGGGCGUUAGGAUUUAAACAUUAUAUGAAACUAGAAUAUCUGGAUAACCAGCAUAUAUUUUCUAUAGAAAAGGGUGUUUUAGAAGACGAAAUUAAAGAAAAAAUUGAGAAUUAUUUUGGUUUAGAAAAGGGAAGAAAUGCAAUAGAUGGGUUUAAUAGUGACAAGCUUUUUUAUUAUGAGAAACAAAAGUUGGUCAAGCGAGUAAACAGGGGUCUGAUAAGAGACGAUAUAUAUUUUGAUAACCAAGAUCUUUAUAAUGAUGAAGAAAUUGUCAAUAAUGUUGUAAAAGAUCCGACGGUAGAUCAGGCGAAAAAAUCGACGGAAGAUUCAAAAGAGAGGUUAAAUGAAAUUAAAAAAAAAUUAGAUAUAAAGGACCCUUAUUUUGAUAAACAAUGGUAUUUGUUCAAUACGAAAGACCCUGGUGUAGAUAUAAAUGUUACAGGUGUAUGGUUACAAGGGAUAAGGGGAAAAGGUGUAACAGUUGCCAUUGUACAUGAUGGCUUAGAUUAUCGUAACCUGGAUUUGGCUCCAAAUUAUAAUUCUGAGGGUUCAUAUGAUUUUAAUUCUAACGAUUCCGACCCAAAACCUACAUUUCCUUUUUACACGCGUGGUACUAGAUAUGCAGGACAAGUGGCAGCCGCCAGGAAUGAUUUUUGUGGGCUUGGUGUUGCGUAUGAAUCUAAUGUUUCAGGAUUAAAAUUUUUCUCUAUUGCGUCUUCGAAAGAAGCAAAUGCUCUUACUUAUAAAUUUGAUCUUAAUCAUAUUUAUGCUUGUACCUGGGGGGCUUCUGAUAAAGGAAAUUUAUUUCAAAAAAUUUCUCGUUCUACUUAUUCUGCAAUUAUUGAAGGGAUAAAUAAAGGAAGGAAUGGCCUUGGUUCUCUAUAUGUUUUUGGAACUGGAAAAGGUGGAGAUUAUGAUGAUUGUAAUUACGAUGAAUAUGCAAAUAGUCCAUAUACUAUUACUAUCGCUGCUAUAGAUGCAAAUGAUAAAAGAUUAUAUUAUUCAGAGUCAUGUUCUUGUAUUUUGGCUGCUACAUAUUCUGGUGGAAAAAAUGGACCUAUUUAUACUACGGAUGUUGGUAAGAAUGGAUGCACUGCUGAUCAUUCUGGAACUUCUGCUUCUACAGCGAUUGCUUCAGGUGUUAUUGCUCUUCUUCUUUCAGCACGAUCCGAUCUUACAUGGCGUGAUGUUCAAGCUUUGAUUGUUAAAACAGCUCUUCCAUUUAGUACAGAACAUUAUACAUGGGAGAAACUUCCUUCUGGACGUUAUUAUCAUAAUAAUUUUGGCUUUGGAAAGCUAGAUGCAUAUGCAAUGGUUCAACAAGCAGAAACAUUUCAAAAAUUAAAUCCUCAGACAAAGUUUUCAAUUCCAAUAAUAAAAAUUGAUAAGAAGUUUUCUGAAAGCAAUGGACGUAUCACGAGCAGUUUUUAUAUUCAUGGUGGAUAUCCUACGCAUUAUAACUUUAAAAGUUUGGAAUAUGUUGGUGUUUCAUUUCGUUAUACGCACAAAUUUAUAGGUCAUCUGGAGUUUAAUAUUACCAGUCCUUCUGGAAUUACUUCACAAUUAGCACAUAGACGUGGUAAUAGUAAGUUUCGUGGUCGUGUUGAUUGGACUUUUAUAACUGUAAAGCAUUGGGGAGAAUCCAUUGUAGGUAACUGGACUAUCGAUGUUGAAGAUCAAGGCGAUCGGAAUCUAGAUGAUCAAGUUUAUGAUUGGCAACUUCAUUUUUUUGGAGAGUCCUGUGAUCCAAAUAAAGUACCAGUUCUUUCAUACCCUUUUAUAACUAGAUAUCCAACUACUAUGCCUCCACCGGAACCAAAUACUACGCUUUUGUCACCUGUAUGUUUUACAUCGGAAUCACCAUCUGCAUCGCUACCGCCUACACCACAACCGGAGCCACAACCAGAGCCACCUGCACCUGCACCACAACCGGAACAAAAACCAACAUCAAUAACUUCAUCUACAUCUACGACUUCAAGCAAAACUAAAACAUCAACCACUCGAAAAGCUUCAUCUACUACAAAAACCUCUACACGGCCGUCUCCUACUGAGGGUACUUUUACUGGAUCAAGUGCUUCUCAUCUUUCAUUCUUCGAAAAAAGGCAUUUGUUACUUCAAAUGAUAUUAUUGUUAUUCUUUUUCUUAUUUUUGGGUUACUCUUUUUAACCUAUAGGAUUUUUAAGAAAACGGACAUCUCAGCGAUAGACUUUCUAUAAUUGAAGCACUUAAUGAUGAUUCUGAUCCAAAUAUAUCUUAAGA